AUGCCGUUAGCUCCUCCACCACACCGCUCACCCCCACCUCUGCUGCAGUCAGUUCUGCAGCCCCCAGGUGUGACCCUGCCUGCUCCGGGGUGCCCCAGCCCAAGGAGAAUCACCAUUCACAGGGAUGCCCUACGGGGAUGGGUGGUUCUACAGAGGGAUGGGAAGCUAAAGGCACAGAGAUCUUGCACAAGCAAAUCUGGCUUCACGCAACAGGAACAUUUUUGCAUGUGUGCAACCUGGCUUCGACUUCUUGAUGAUGUGGUCUCUGGAAGCAGUGUUAAUGUGCUUGUUAUAUCCCUGCCUGCUGGAAUUACCUUAAUAUCAAGGUAUUCAUGGUUGGAGGUUUGGACUGAAGCAGUGAGAAUGGAAACCACAAAGAUUAAUAUGUCCCGCGUCCCACUGGUUAACGGAGGCAUCGACACUGCCAUGCUCAAGGCACACAAACCCCGUGUGAUGUCCAAAAGCGGUCACAGCAAUGUGCGGAUAGACAAAGUUGAUGGCAUUUACCUACUCUACCUUCAAGAUUUGUGGACUACAGUUAUAGACAUGAAGUGGAGGUACAAACUCACCUUAUUUGCUGCUACUUUUGUUAUGACCUGGUUCCUCUUUGGAGUUAUCUACUAUGCCAUUGCAUUCCUUCAUGGUGAUUUAGAAAUAAAUAAGUUCACCCCAAAGCGUGAGCCAUGUGUCAAGAAUGUAGACUCUCUGACUGGGGCAUUCCUCUUCUCCCUGGAGUCACAGACGACCAUUGGCUAUGGAUUUCGUUUCAUUACAGAGGAGUGUCCUCAUGCCAUUUUCUUACUUGUAGCCCAACUGGUCAUCACCACCUUGAUUGAAAUCUUCAUCACAGGUACCUUUCUGGCCAAAAUUGCAAGACCUAAAAAAAGGGCAGAGACCAUUAAAUUCAGUCACUGCGCUGUCAUUACUAAACACAACGGAGAACUCUGCCUGGUGAUCAGAGUAGCAAAUAUGAGGAAGAGCCUUCUGAUACAGUGUCAGCUGUCUGGGAAGCUCCUUCAGACGUAUGAAACAACUUCAGAGAGUCCAUUUCUCAUUUUGCCUUUAACCUUCUACCAUAUCUUGGAUGAAAGCAGCCCUUUGAGAGAUCUCACACCUCAAAAUCUGAAGGAGAAGGACUUCGAGCUUGUGGUGCUCCUGAACGCCACGGUGGAGUCCACCAGUGCUGUCUGUCAAAGCAGGACUUCCUACAUCCCUGAGGAGAUUCACUGGGGCUAUGAGUUCGUGCCUGUGGUUUCUCUCUCUCCAAAUGGAAAAUACGUUGCGGAUUUCAGUCAGUUUGAGAAGAUUAGGAGAAGCACAGAUUCCACUUUUUAUAGUAUGGACUCUGAAAAACAAAAACUAGAGGAGAAAUACAGGCAGGAGGAUCAAAGAGAGAGGGAACUGAGAACGAUGUUGUUACAGCAGAGCAAUGUUUGA